UAUAAGCAGCAUCUUGAUAUGCCACACCUGUGAGGUGAAUGGAUUAUCUCUGCAAAGGAGAAGUGCUCACUAAGACAGAUCUAGACGGGUUUGUGAACAUGUUUGUGACAAAUGGGCCUUUUUUUGGUAAUAUAAAAAGUUUUACAUCUGAAAAAAAAUGAGAGCAAAAGCAAAACUGUGGAUAGAUACAGUAUAAUGAUAUAGUCUAGGCAUGAAUAAAAUCCACUCAUUAUGUACACUGUAUAUUACACAUCUAUGUAGGAUAAGAUUGCACAUUGAAACUUUAUAGAUCAUUUUAUCGUCACGCUGUUUGUAUUGAUCUUGUACCUCAGUGGAACUGUUAUAGAGAGCCACCAAAAAAAUGCUCAUCACAUAUAAUAUUGAAUAUUUUGUCGCAUAAUGUAUUUAUUUAUUUAUGUAUUUUUUACACAAAUCUAUAUGUCCCUCGGAGGACUUGAUAAAAAGUGAAAUGGCACCCGAUAGGAAAAGUGGUUGGCCUGCCCCGCUUUAUAAGGUGAUGACGAGUCCACAUGUUAGUUUAAGGCUCUCUCGGGGUGAGCCACACUGUGUUCCCUUGUUUGUGGAGCAAAGAGGCGGGCCUUUUUUUUCUUAGGCAAAAGGAGGAAUGCACUGGAAGUAUUCCUGCAGGAGAUCUUCACACGUUGAGGAGCGUCUUUCCUGUCCUCGUCCCCCUUCUCAGCAUGGACAUGUGGUCGCUGCUGUUGCUCUGCGUCCACGUCUGCUUCUGCUCUGCGUAUGAAGGGUCAGGACAGCACGCCUACGGAGAUGAUGAGGACUGGUAUUCUCAUGCAUUCAAAGGGGCAGCGUGGUGCGCGCCCAUCAAGGUGAAGCACGGCGACGUGAGCUGCCGCACGCCAAGGGGACAACACUCCAAGAACGCCAUGGGCGCGCGCUGUAAAAUCCGCUGCAAGCAAGGAUAUGAGUCUCAGAGCACCGAGGUGGUGUGCAUGGCCAGCAAACACUGGUCCUCCAGUUACGCAUGUCGAGAGAUCCGCUGUCCCAAGAUGAGCAUGCCCACGAAUGGCGGCUACAAGUGUUCGGACGGCUCCUACUACAACUCUCGCUGCGAGUUCUUCUGCUCGCCAGGGUUCACCCUGAAGGGCCCCAAGACGGCCACUUGCCAGUACAACAAAGCCUGGAGCGCCGCAGUCCCCACCUGUGUCGACGAGGACCUGCCAAAGAUCAAGUGUCCUCAUGUGAAGGACAAGUGGGCAGAACCAGGCAAGCUGACGGCCAGGGUGACCUGGGACACGCCCGAAGGUGUGGACACGGCCGACGGCAUCCUUACCGAUGUGAUCCUGAAGGGGAAACCUCCCAAAUCGGAUUUCCCCGAAGGUCUUCACAAGAUGUCCUACACCGUGUCGGAUCGUGCGGGGAACAAAGGAUCCUGUCGCUUCACCGCCAGAGUGCGAGUGCGGCGCUGCAGUCCGCUGUCCCCCCCCGACAACGGCUACAUGAAAUGCGACAGCGACGCCGAUAACUACGGCGCCACCUGCGAAUUUACCUGCACCGGCGGUGCCGAUCUACAGGGCAGCGCCGCCAGAGUGUGCCAGUACGGACUCACCUGGUCCGGUAGCGACACCAACUGUGCACCCAUGAACAUUAACGUGGGCGUGCGCAGGGCCUCGGUGCUCCUCGACCAGUUCUACGAGAAGCGAAGGCUCCUCAUUAUCUCCGCCCCGACGGCUGCCAAUCAUAAUUACCGCUUCCAGAUGACCAAUCUGCAGCAUGCCCAGUGUGGACUGGACCUUCGUCAUGUGACCGUCAUUGAGCUGGUGGGGAAUUACCCGGCCCAAAUUGGCCGCAUUCGACACAGGCUUCUCCCCCCCAUGCUCGCCUUGCAACUCAGGUUACUGCUCCAGAUCCCGCAAAGGUCCUUCCAGAUGGUUCUGGUGGACAAGCAGGGCACGGACAAGCAACGGUACCCGUUCCCGAUCACGGCGGCCGAGCUGUUCGCCACCGUGGACGCGUUACCCCUGCGCAAGGACGAGAUGGCGAUGCAGCAGGCGGCCGGACAGACCUGUCAAUCGUAAUGGGCCGCGUUCGCGUUCGCGUCCGCCCGCCCCGGAACUUGCAGCCAUUUUCGAUCCAGCGGCUUCCCUCGAGUCGCAGCGCAUGUCGUGUCUUCGCUGCCACGUCAUUCAUCUGAAGAGAGGAGAUUUUUUAUUUUUUAUUUUUAUUUUUUUUAAAGCCAUUCAAGUCACAACGUCACGACAAUCAUAUUGAUUCCUGUGUCUUGUCUACCGGUAUGUGUUCUUUCUUUUAAUAAUUAUUUUUUUCAAAACAAAAAUGUUUUGUACAAAAAAAUAUUUUUACUGUACGGAGUGGAAAACUAUGCUAUUUAUGUUCCACUUCCUUAAUAAUAAUAAUGUAUUCUCACACUCUUUCUCCCAAAAAAAAAAAAGAACUAUUCACAUUUACAAUACAUUUUUCCCACAGAAAGUCAUGGAACUAUGAAUAAUCUGUUAAAACUGAGGAAAUUAUGUUUUAAGUCACAUUUUAACAUCCUAAACUGUCAUACUGUUGAAUAGAUGUUAACCACUGUUCAUAUUAGCAAAAAAAAAAAAGUUACAUCACAGAUAGUGACGCUUUUCUCAACA